GGUUGUGCAGCAGCCAUUUUGUCUGGUCGUGCAAGUCCGCCCCAACACGGUCACGAACAGCAGUUCCCACUUGUAAAAUAUUAAAAAACAUCGCUCUCUAAAUUUCACUUGGGCAUAGAAACAGGUUAAGGAAACUCUCUUGUGAAUUUUAGGAGGAGAAGCGCUCGCUGGUUUUGGGCUUUAUGAAGGUUUAUUUAUGUCGUGUGUGAGUGCCGCCAGUCGUGUGUUAUGUCGAGCGAGGAGAGCUACUUAGCCAUCCAGCGCUAUUUAACGGACGAGCGCGAGCCCUACGCACCCGGAACUCACGGCAACGUCAAGAGGAAAAUCCGCAAAGCAGCCGCUUGCUACGUCGUGCGGGACGGAGUGCUGUUCUACCAGCGGCGGCACCGGGGCCAGGAAGGCUUCACCGAGCUGGAAGUGGUGCUUCAGGCCGAGCGGCGGAAGGAACUAAUCGACGAGGCGCACAUCUCCAGAGGGGAGCAUCUCAAUCAGCAGCUCACCUGGGAGAGCCUUUCUCAAAAAUACUGGUGGAGAGGAAUCCUAAAGCAGGUAAAGGAUUACAUCAGGGACUGUGGGUGCCAGCAGAAGUCGGAGCGUGGGAAAGGCAGUGCUGAGGAUGGAUCAGCUUCCCGUGGUCCAGGUAGACGAAAGGAGGACGAUGAAGAAGAAGAAGAGGAAGAUGAUCUUGAGGAACUGCAUGCCGCCUUUCAGACGAAGCCAAAGGGCUCCAGUGUUGACAAACAUGAACUGGUUUUUGUGGACAGUAAGGGUGUUGUAAAGCAGUUCCUGCCCAAACAUGGCCAGACCAUGUUGGAUAAGCUGAAUCAGCAGCGGUUAAAUAACCAGUUCUGUGACAUUACCUUGCUCAUUGAGGCUGAAGAGUAUCGGGCACACAAAGCCGUCUUGGCUUCUUGUAGUGAUUACUUCUAUGAGCUCUUUGUUGAGAAGGGUGCUGUGGCCAGCCAUGAAGCCGUUGUGGACCUCUCAGGCUUUAGCAAGGCAAGCUUCCUGCCUUUGUUGGAGUUUGCCUACACCUCAGAGCUGACAUUUAACUUCUGCGUUAUGGCAGAGGUGGCCAUGCUUGCACGGCACCUGCACAUGCCUGAAGUGCUUCAGAUUUGCGAGUCGGUGCACAAAAAAGUGGAGGAGCAGAAGCUAAUGGUCUAUCAGCAAGGAGACGUGCACACAGUGAUAGCCAGGGAAACUCUGCCUGCUCAGCCAGUGGCUCCUUCUGACUCUGGAGCUUACAUGGUGGCCAUGGAGAGUGAUGGCCAGGCAGUGGUGGCUCGCUCUGCACAGACUGAAGCUGAACACUCCAUCACCGUUAUCACGGGUGAAGAAGGAACAGCCGAAUCUCUGGCUUUGCUUGCUGGGGCGACAGUGGAUGGAGAGACUAUGACUGUGGUCACACACAGUGGCCAGGCUGGCUUGCCCGAAUCUCUCUCUAUUGUGGCCCAUACUGGCCAGUCAGAAGCAGGUGAAACCAUGACUGUGGUCACUCACUCUGGGCAAGCGGGCUCAAGUGAAUCCCUGGCUGUGGUUCAGGCGUGCUGGACAGUGGAUGAACCUCAGGUAGUGGAAACACCGGUAGCAGGGAGCAUGGAGCCUGGUGCCUACAUUAUUAGCGUAGAACCAGGCAAGAUGGCUCCUACCGAGAAGGUUCAUCUAACUGCAUCAGCACCGGCUCUUCGGGAGGAGCCACUGGUCCAGGCUUUAGAGCCUCUACCCCAGAAUGUAGUGAGUGCACAACAACCGCCAGCCUCUGCACCUCAGAAAAGGAGGCCAGGGAGACCCCCAAAGGUGAAGCAGCCCCCACCAGAACAGGAACCAGUAGUGACCGAGGUUGCAGAGAGUGUUGCAACGGGAGGAGAGGACGAGAAGAAAGAGGAACAAGAGAGUGUUGACCCUAAUAAGAGGUUCCUGAGGAAGAGGUCAAUGAGGGAAGGAGGAUACGUUCGUCUGCAUAUGGGACUUGAGACAGAGGAGGAGAUGUCAAAUACUGUGAAGACACCUCAGAGACUGGUGAAGCGAGGCCGUGUGUCCCAGUCACUAAAGAGAUCAUCACCUGACUCUUCUGAAACCGAGCCUCAGUCUGCCUCUGAUGGUACAAAGUCACUGCCUGAGGGAGCAGAGGCAGCUGGAGCCGAGGUGAUGCCUGUAGAAGAAGGGGCCGCACGAGAAAAAACAGAGGGAGCAGUGGAUGGAGAACACACGUGCAGCGAGUGCGGCAUGGUGUUUCAGAGACGCUAUACUCUCAUCAUGCACAUGCUGAAACAUGAGAAGUCACGCAGUUUCAAGUGCACUCUGUGUAAUAAAGAGUUUCAGUAUGCCGUCUCCCUCCGUGCCCACUUGGCUCGUCAUAAGCAUCAGAAGUCCCAGAGAUCAUCUUUGGCCCGAGGAGCAGCUGAUGAGGUUUCGGAUGGGUUAGAGGGUCAGGCCAAAAGUCGCACCAAGCGCGAGUUUGUGUGUGACAUUUGUGGUAAGACACUGCCCAAGCUGUACUCUUUGCGGAUCCACAUGCUGAACCAUACAGGUGUGCGGCCACACUCGUGCAGGGUCUGUGGGAAGAGCUUCGCCACCAAGCACAACCUGAAGAUGCACCGAGCUCUGCAUGACGCAGCCAAGCGCUUCUACUGCACCAUGUGUGACAAGUCCUUCGUCAGCAAGAGGAGCCUGAAUGAGCACAUCAGCGUUCAUACAGGUGAAUCAAAAUAUUUUUGCCAGACAUGCGGCGCGUCAUUUCACCGGGCAUCGGGCCUGAGCAAACACAUGAAAAAACAUCAACCCAAACCAGAGACCCGUUCUUUCCACUGUUCCCACUGUGAUAAAAGCUUCUACGAGGCGAAGGACCUGCAGCAGCACAUGAAUAAGCACUUGGGCGUGAAACCCUUCCAGUGCCAGGUGUGUGGGAAAAGCUACAGCUGGAAGAAGGACUGGUAUUCUCACGUUAAAUCGCAUACCGUUGCAGAACCUUACAGGUGUAACGUGUGUGGGAAGGAGUUCUUUGAGAAGGCUCUGUUCAGGAGGCAUGUGAAGAAGGCCACCCAUGGAAAGAAGGGCAGAGUGAAGCAGAACCUGGAAAGGGAGUGUGAACACUGCGGCAGGAAGUUCACUCAGCUCCGAGAGUACCGCCGCCACAUGAACAACCAUCAAGGUGUAAAACCGUUUGAGUGUCUGACCUGCGGUGUGGCAUGGGCUGAUGCCCGCUCAUUAAAGCGCCAUGUGCGCACACACACAGGUGAGCGCCCCUAUGUGUGUCCACUGUGCCAGGAGGCCCACAUUGACGCCCGCACAUUGAGAAAGCACAUCUCCAAAUACCAUGGCGAUCAGUUGCCAGGUAAGAUCAUGUUAGAGAAGGACACGCUACAGUUUCAUAAUCAAGGCACCCAGGUGGAGCACGCUGUCAGCAUCCUGAGCCCCGAGCUGCCCCCUGAGCUGUGCCCAGCGGAGGCACCCUCUACCACCGAGGAGAUUGAAACUGUGCUCAUCACAGAAGAGACGGUGGAGGCCAUGCAGGCCAUGAAUGAGGGCAGUGUCACCACGCUGUCGGACCAGAGCAUCAUGCAAGUGGUGAACUACGUCCUGGCACAGCAGGCUGGCGCAAAAGCGGAGGAAGAAGAGGCCUCAGAUAUCAUCCAGACUAUGGAGGUGGAGGUGGCUCAUGUAGCCGAGGUGGAGUGACAGAAAGACACACACAGGCUUAAAAGCAAAGAAAUGAGAGUGGAGUUGUGUCUAAAUUGUGACUCAAAUAAACAGUGUACCUGGCACAGAUAGUGUCAGUAUAGUUACACAUUUAUUUUUGUUGUACAAUAUAACUUGAGGAACUUUGAAGUUCUUCCUCAGUUGGAGUGCAUGUGUGUGAUGCUUUACCCAGCAGUGUGUAUGUGAGAGCAUGUCCAAGUGAUUUGUAUACUGUACAUAUGUAGAAAAAAAUGCAGUCUGGAAGAAAUGCUAAUAAUUUACAAUAAAGUGCGUUACAUAGGUUA